CAAAGCAGUUCCUCCUUGUUUCCAAGAUUGUCAUGGCAGACAUGAUGCGAAAACAGUACAGUGGCUUGUGUUCACAUAACUUACAUUUACAGUUCAACACAUUUGGCCAAAUACAUGCUGAUUCACAUACAUUACAAAAGGAUAUGAUUUAUAGACAAGGAUUAUCAGUUUCUGAAUACAAUUUGUUCUUGCUGUUUGUUGGUGUCAGUGCCUUUGUAUUUCAGUAAGUUUACCUGCCAAAAGAGUUUGGUUAGGUUUACACGUGUGUAGAGCAUUUAGACAUAAACAUUUUGUUUGCCAUGUUUGCCAAAAGAAAGGUAUUGAAUUUUUUGUUUAAGUUGAAACAAGGGAAUUUUUUAUCAUACAUUUAUACGCGUAAUAAUAAGCAUUCAGUUACUCUAAGCGAUAGAGUGUUCGCUACCAAAAGUGAGAGUUAUGUUAAUGAAACCGAUUCACAAAGUAUAAGUAAAUCAGAAGUGUCUGAGAGAGAAACUGACAUAAAACAACUGCUUGAGGAAGCUUCACUCUGUAAUGAUCCUCUACCAGAUGAUCCAGAACAUGUUUGGUCAACAUCUCCAUAUCCUGAAGGAGUAUUGUUGAAAAGAGAUCAGUCCAGACAUUUCGCAAAACCCAAGGUAGAUCCUCGAGAAACUUCUCUUGUUUUAUUUCCUGGACAAGGCACACAAUAUGUUGGUAUGGGAAAAGAUCUGAUGAAGUUUCCAAUAGCUCGUGAUUUGUUUGAUGCAGCCAAUGACUUACUUGGUUAUAACUUGAAAGACAUAUGUUUCAAUGGGCCAAAAGAGGAGCUUGAUAAGACAAUUCAUUGCCAGCCAGCAGUGAUGGUUUGUUCACUUGCAGCAGUUGAAAGGCUGAGAGAAGAACGACCAAUGGCGAUUGAAUCUUGCAUAGGUACUGCAGGAUUCAGCAUUGGUGAAAUCACUGCAUUAGUUUUUGCUGGAGCAUUAUCUUUUGAAGAAGCCAUAAGAUUGGUUAAAGUACGUGCUGAAGCAAUGCAGUUAGCAUCAGAGAUUGUGCCGAGCGGUAUGAUGACUGUGUUCUAUGGCCCAGACUCGAAGCUGAAUUAUGCUUGCCUCCAGGCCAAAGAGUGGUGCUUGCAGAGGGGAAUUGAAGAUCCAGUGUGUGCUGUGGCCAACCAUCUGUAUCCUCAUUGUAAAGUUAUUGCAGGGCAUUUAGAGGCACUAACAUUCAUCAAAAGCAAUGCUGAGCAAUAUAAGUUGAAGCGGCUGAAGAAACUUCCUGUAUCUGGAGCAUUUCACACAUCACUCAUGCAACCUGCUGUUGAACCCUUCAAAAAGGCCCUCAGGAAAGUGGACAUUGUUGAUCCCAUUGUUCCAGUAUUUUCAAAUGUAGAAGGAAAAAGUUACAAAAAUGCACAUCAUAUAAAAAUACAACUUCCAAAACAAAUUUAUAAACCUGUCAGAUGGGAACAGACACUGCACAUUCUGUAUGAGCGUAAGGUUGGUGAAUAUUUCCCAAGAACAUUUGAGUGUGGUCCGGGCGAUUCAUUGAAGAUGCUGCUGAAGAUGGUGAAUGCAAAGGCAUGGAAUUGUUGUUUUAGUAUUGAAGCUUAGGAAUUAUAUUUUGUAGUUUGACUGAAAAUUACGUAUUUUGUACAAUAAUUAGUUAAUAUAUUACAAAGUAUACAACAAAACAUUUACACAUACAAAAUCAUAUGUUCAUCACAAUGAUCAACAUUGUAAAACAAUUCACACCUGUCCAUUUUGUCUAAUAAAUUAUAAUUCUAGCAAA